AUUAUUUAUGCCCCCGUCGCGAUUUUCGUCGCGAGUCGCAUCGGUGUCACAGUGAACCGCGCGGUGUCGAGGAUGCUCCUGCGUUACUGCUCCUACGCUCGAUUAUGGCAGCUGGUAGCGGCUGUAGACGUCAUCCCCGUUAAGUUGUCAUUGUUCCUGCGGAUUUUGUUCGUGUCGUUGAUUUGUUUCUACGUUUGAUAUUCGUGGGAUUAUGGAAGGCGGCGGUAUAUCAGGAGAAGGAGAAACGGGUGGGCCACGCAACGCGCAACAGGCGGGAGCGAGCAAAAAGUUGCAGCAAACACAAGCCACGGUAGACGAGGUUGUGGGUAUAAUGAAGGUUAACGUUGAAAAGGUACUGGAGCGAGAUCAGAAGCUAUCCGAGCUGGAGAACCGGGCGGAUGCUUUGCAGCAAGGCGCCACGCAAUUCGAGCAGCAUGCCGGCAAAUUAAAGAGGAAGUACUGGUGGAAAAAUCUCAAAAUGAUGAUCAUCAUCGGCAUCAUAUGCGUUGUCAUCUUGAUCAUCAUUAUUGCUUCAGUUGUACCGAGUUCAUCAUCGGAUUCUUCUGACAACACUGCGCCGAAAUGAUAGCAUUGUACCAAAGGUGGAGGACAAGGUGUUGUUCCGAUUAACAAUGUCUCUUAUUAGGAUAAGUCGUAUAUGGUGAAGAAUGUAAACGGGUUGUAAAGCUCUGGAACAAACGUGAUUGUGGAUGAUUAUCGUCACAUUUUUUAAAUAUGUACACGUAUAUUGUCCGCGUAAAUUGGGAGCAAAGAACAUGCCACACAUAUAUUUUUGAGACUUAGUUAUUAUCGAAGCGCGCACAGUUAUUAGACUAAUGAUACCAGUAUUAAUGCAGCUGGCCUUCUUCUUCGUAAAAACUGUUUGGUGGAUGUGUUCUCACGAUGCGUUGAGCCUUUGUUACAUGAUGCUUUAUUAUAAAUUUAUUGAUGAUACAUAAUAUAUGAUGUUUAUACACUUUU